GGUUGGUGCCGCUUUUGGACCACGUCAGCACUUCAUCGCUUCACCUCUAGCUGUGAUCGACUCGUUGGACUCGGAGGAGAAAACUUCUGAAAAGCGCAAGACGCAGGAGACGCAGAGGUGGAAUUUGGAGGGGUGAACAGGCAGAAACGCAUCUUGAUCUGGUUCCUGCAUUGUUGCAUUCUUGCAUCGUUGAGUGGUUUUCUGGGUGACUAAACCCAGGCACCAUCAUGACCAAGUAUGCAAAAGAUCUGGAGGUUGCCGUGACGGCUGUCCGGCUGGCCUGUCGCCUUUGCACGACCGUGCAAUCCCGUCUUCUCGCCAAAGAGACUCAGUCAAAGUCGGACGAGUCUCCGGUUACUGUUGCUGAUUAUGGCUCGCAAGCGCUGAUCAGUUGGGCCCUUGAGAGGGCCUUGCCGAAGGGGACUUUCUCCAUGGUCGCUGAGGAGGACUCAGACGAUCUCCAGGCAGAGAGCGCCGGCCCCAUGCUAGCGCGGAUUACUGAGUUGGUGAACGAGACCAUCAAGGCGGACGGAUCUAUCACCGAUGCUGAGCCACUCAGUCAGGAGGAAAUAGUCAUUGCAAUUGACAGGGGCCGAUCGCCAGGCGGCCCGGAGGGACGCCACUGGGUGCUCGAUCCCAUUGACGGAACCAAAGGGUUCGUUCGUGGCGACCAAUACGCGGUUGCCCUCGGACUGUUGGACGGCGGGGAGGUCGUGUUGGGCGUCCUGGGGUGUCCAAACCUGCCGCUCGCUUCCAUGGACGUUGAAGCGGCACGGAAGAAGGGGGAGCCAGUGGGGAGCCUUUUUGCGGCCUACAAGGGCGCGGGGACCACCGUUGAGCCGAUCGAUGGGUCGUCACCGCCAACAAAGGUCCGCGUGAGCUCCGUGGAGGACCCUGCGUGGGCUAGCUUCUGCGAGUCAUUUGAGAAGAAGCACUCGGACCAGGAACUGACGGGGGGCAUUGCGCAGGUUUUGGGAGUGACUGCGCCGCCGUGCCGCAUCGACAGCCAGGCCAAGUACGGCGCCAUGGCCCGAGGGGACGCCGCGAUCUACCUGCGCUUCCCGCACGCGGGCUACCGCGAGAAGAUUUGGGACCACGUCGCAGGGUGCUGCGUCAUUGAAGAGGCGGGCGGCGUUGUGCGUGACGCGGGCGGCAACAAGCUCGACUUCUCGAAGGGCCGGUUCCUCGACUUGGACCGGGGCAUCAUCGCCACCAACGCUCGCUUGAUGCCGGUCGUUCUGGCGGCCGUCCAGACCGUGGUUAAGGGCCAACAACCGCACGGGACGCCCGCGAAGGCCCACGCCUGACGACGCAGCGCGUUGUGACUCCAGCAAUCUGUGUGUUUGCUUGGGGAGGCAGACCGGGCAAUCUAGAGAUUCAUUACUGUUGCCGGAUGAAAGAUCAUCCGAGAUCUGACCGUAUACUGUGCAAGCAAGGGAAUUUUCGUGGGAACACAUUCCGGCCGUCUUACUGUAGUUGUCCAAUGGUCCGUCGUCCGUCAACAUCCAACUGCUUUCGAAAGUGACGAUUUAUGAACGGAAAAUUUGGUUGUACGGAAAAAGCUGCAGCAGCAUAUCUCUUAACAUGGGCACGGCCGGGAUCAAGGUGACUUGUAUUGCUUGGCCAUCUGGUCGAUCUUCUUAGCGUCGGACUGCUUCAUUGCCCAGACUGCAGUGGAACUCGCAAGCACCGGUUCAGGAGGAUUUGCGUGCCGCAGCUGCAAUCUCUGCUGUGUCAUCCGGAUAAUUUUGGAUGCCUUCAUUACAAAACUUCAGUAUAGAAGAUGGCCGCCAACUCUAUACACAUGACACCGUCCAUUAGUAGUCACUUCGUGCGCUGCAGUCGACAGCCGGAUUACCAGGCAGUUCCAGGGUUUUUUCCGCGGCUGGACGGAAUUCGCCAGACGUACCCUGCGCGCAAGCUUAUACGUCCUGGGAGAUCGAAGCGGCUGGGGCGCUCGUUUCUGUUUCGGUCAAAACUGGGGCAAAAAUCUUGCCACGCGCCGCGAUCGAGCUUGUAGUUCCGGCGUUUUUGACAGCGUAGGUGCGCUUGAAAGAUUAAUAAUUGACAGAAUCGACAAGCUAGGAU